AUGGGGAGCGCCGAGAGCAGCGAGGGUCGCAGGGUGUCCUUCGGAAUGGAUGAAGAGGAGCGGGUCCGGGUGCUGCAGGGCAUCCGGCUGUCUGAUCACGUGGUUAAUCGUAUGAAGGAUUCCAGUGAGACUUCAAAAGUGGAGCAGCCAACCCCUCUGCCUAGUACAACUUCAUCUUCUGCAUUUGGUCCUCCAGAAGGCAAAGCCAAAGCCCCUGAGAAAGAAUCCAAACCACUAAGCUCAGAGAAUGGUGAGAAGCAACAACCUUCAGGGGCAAAGGAAGAUCUGCUCAGGAGGUAUGAACAGGAGCAGGCCAUAAUCCAGGAUGAGAUCUCUCAGCUGGUCAAGAGGGAAAGAGAGGCAGCCACCAAUCACCUGAAUGUGGGCCUUCAGUGGGAGGGGAGCAGCAAUGACCAGGAGAAGCAGAAGUCAGCCCAGCUGGCCAGGGAGCUGGAAAGCAUAGAGGCUGAGCUAAGACGCCGUGACACCUUCUAUAAGGAGCAACUGGGGCGCAUUGAAAGGAAGAAUGCCGAGAUGUAUAAACUGUCUUCACAGCAAUUCCAUGAGGCAGCUUCGAAAAUGGAGAACACCAUAAAGCCCCGGAAGGCAGAGCCUGUGUGCUCAGGCCUGCAGACCCAGAUCCUCAGAUGCUACCAGAAGAACCUGCAGGAGGUGCUCCUGUGCUCAGACCUGGUCAGAGCCUACCAGCGCUGCGUCAGCGCCGCCCACAAGGCUGGAGGGGAGACACUGGGGUCACACGUUACAGUGGGCUUCAGCCUCACUAUUGUGCAGAGCCCCCUGAGUCCCAAAGGCAUCUCCAAGUGA